AUGGACAUCUGCGAUCAGACGGUCAUCGCGACAUCUGAACAAGACGCGGUAGCCGCCCAUAACGUUGGAGAUAUGAACCACCACAGUGAAACAACCAUGUCAGUAGACGCUGGCAAGAAUCUUGUGAUAACUACUGAUAUGGAUCUGGCCCCUUCUUCUGAAUACGACAAAAAGCGAAUUAUGCCACCUGAGAUGGUUGAGAAAAUCCUCGAUAUCCUCUACAAGGAAUACGAUAUGCCAACAAUCUGGUGUAUUGGUCUGUCGGCCCGAAUCUACUAUAAAUAUGUUGCCAAAUUUCGCUAUCGAUAUGGAAUUCGUCUUACCAGAGAGGAAAAGCUAGAGCUAGCUCCACUUAUCAAGAACUGGAUGGGCGAUCAAUACCGAAUGAUGCGCUCAAAAACUAUUGACACAAUCGACUCGGCCCUCUUAUUACAAAACAACACCAUGUUUCUAUCCCGAAAGAUCUACGGUGACACAGACGCAAAGGAACGAGCUUUGUGCCAGAGGUUCAAAGAUUAUGAUACUCUCAUAGCUCCGUUGAGGUGGUUACCCUCCAGAUCUGCAUUCUACAAUGAUCUCCACGUUCCGAAUCCAACUAGAAAGGGAAUGGCCUGGUAUGAGGAGAUGGCUAAGUACUUGUUGCUUUACAUUAUUCAGAAUUGGGAGAAAGGAGGCGGAAACCAAAUCAGUUCCUGGUUUGAGAGUCGAGAAUUGCCAGAGUAUCCUGCUCGUCACCAUUUCUGGCAGGAAUACUUGCACAGUAGUUUGAGAGCAUGGGUUCAUUUUGAAGGAGAAGAGUUUGGUGGUAAACCUUUGCGAAAAAAGUUUGUAUGUACUGAGCCCGGUCAAUACGAUCUGCCAUAUUCGAGGAAGCCAAAUUGGACUUAUAAUGGUUGUGAUAAUUUACAUAGGGGUUGUUAUAUUCAAGAGGGCGAGAGCAAGGAGGAGAUUAUUCAGAUGAUACCGGGUCACAAUAUCCUCAAAUGGUUGUUGCAUUAUGAUGGCCAGGGUUGGAUUUACAGGGCUAUCUGUUUUCCGAAAGGGACUUCGAUGAAAGAAGUGUUGAAAAACUUUGAGAGAGAUAUUGAGGAGUCUUGGGGUCCGUUGGAUUAG